GCUCCAGCUCGGUGAGCGGCCAAUCAUAAUCAUAUUCUCCUCCGACAGCUCUGCCUUGACCGAGAACUUUUGCGAGUUCACCCAUCCAACCACUUCAGCCUUGUGAACCUCCUGCCUCCUGCCUACUGCCUCUUGCCUCCUGCCUCUAUACGCGACCGUCCAAUCACCAUACACCUGCACCGCGCUCAAGAUGGCCGACGCAAAGAUUCAAGAUCUCCUCACCAAGCCUCGCAAUGAGCUCACGGAGUACGAGAUCGCCCAACUGGAAGAGUACGAGUUCAACAGCGGCCCGCUCUCCAUCCUGCAGACCGCCGUGCGCAGCCACACCCAGGUCCUGAUCUCCAUCCGCAACAACCGCAAGCUGCUGGCCCGCGUCAAGGCCUUCGACCGCCACUGCAACAUGGUCCUCGAGAACGUCAAGGAGAUGUGGACUGAGACCCCGCGCCUGUCUGGUGGUAAGAAGGGUAGGCCUGUCAACAAGGACCGCUUCAUCUCCAAGAUGUUCCUCCGCGGAGAUUCGGUCAUCCUCGUGUUGUUGAGUUAAUAAAAAAAAAUAUAACAAUCAAAAUAACAUGGAUCAAAAACAAAACAACCACCACGGAAAGAGGGGAGGCGAAACAGCUGGGUAAGGGGGGGUUCAUAGAAUCUCGGGCCGCAAAUGUCAUGGUCGCUGGAUGAUGAGAACACCACGGAUCCAAACCAGAUUGGACCCAGAUCAGAGUGCGAAGAAAAACGAAAAGAGUGUCACACCACGACAUGACGGCACACAACUCCUGCUGGCGGCUACUCGACGUGGGCGUUUGAUUGGGGUUUGUGAAUGACUUUACUCGCGCCGGAAUGGUCUGGGAUAUCACAGAUGUUUAUGUGGAUGAUGAACGCUUCGAGCAGGCCGAUUUAAUGAGCAGAGCUAGAAUUGCAAGUCUCGAGACUGAGGACGGCCGAGACCAUGCC